AUGUCGCUCGGACACCACAACGCCUGGCUCCCCCCGGGCCAUGUCCGGCCUCCCGACGACCUCCCUGAUGCGCGAACAUUCAAUGGCUAUUCAAAACAUUUUCUCGGCUCCAGAACACCCCAAAUGCGCGGCUCGAUCGACGCCGACGGUCCUCACGCGGGCAAUUCGAUAUCGGAGGCCGAUACAGCUUCGGAAGAAGAUCCAAGCAUCGCUUUGUUUCGCGACUUGUAUAAUCGCACCGAGGCGAAAAUAAACGGCUUGUUCUCGGGUGAAAAGUUACCGGAGGACACUUCCGAUGAUGUUGUCGCCGGCCUCGACGGGGCUGAAGUUCAGGACAAACGCGCCGACGAACCAGCACCGCCCCCACCCCCUAAGAAACCUGCACGGAACCUUGACGAUGAUGACUACGAUGACUAUGACGAUGACGAGGAGGACGAUGUGAAGCCCGCAUCGCCGCCUUCGUCGAAGGUCUCGGCCACUGUCCAGCAAUCAACUGCCAUGCCGUCGCCAGGUCGCCCACCUAGCAUCUCGGUGUCUGCAGCCGGGGAAGGCGCAAAAGAGACGAAGAAAGAAAGCUUGGAAGAUAUCCGGAAGAAGCUAGAGGAAGAUAAAAAGGCCACAGAGGAGGCGGCCAAAAGAAGCUUCCAUACCCUAUUUUAUACGCUGGAGAAUGAUAGAGACGCAAUGUUGGAUCAACAGCGCUUGGAAGAGUCCGAAAGACAAGUCGAGGCUGAGAUGUCCGGCCAGCCAAAUGCCGGUAAUAAUGCAGCAACGGGUCCAAGCGGUUAUGGCUCCUUGAGUAGUGCCAAUCUCGGCGCGUCAAGCUUGACCCUGAAAAACCUCAUCGCAAGGAUUGACAUGAAGCGUAACAUGGUACAAGCUUCCGAUGCGGAGCUUCGCAGCCUAAUGAGCGAAGUUCGCAAGAAUCGAAGCAAAUGGGCCAGUGAAGACAAGAUUGGCCAGGAAGAGCUAUAUGAAGCCGCGGAGAAAGUACUCAGCGAAUUGAAGGCGAUGACUGAGCAUUCGUCUGCUUUCCUGACCCGUGUUAAUAAGCGUGAUGCCCCUGAUUAUUAUAACGUGAUUAAACACCCAAUGGAUCUUGGGACAAUGACAAAGAAGCUAAAAGCUCUUCAAUAUAAAUCGAAGCAAGACUUUGUAGAUGACCUCAACCUCAUCUGGUCUAAUUGCUUCAAGUACAACACGAAUCCAGAGCAUUUCCUCCGGAAACACGCCAUGUACAUGAAGAAGGAAACGGAGAAGCUGGUGCCCCUCAUUCCUGAGAUCGUUAUCCGAGAUCGUGCCGAAGUGGAGGCGGAAGAACGACGGCUCCAACUUGCUGAUGAUGGUGGGGAUGAAAGCGACGAUGAGCCUAUCAUGUCAUCAAGAGGCCGAAAAGCGCCAGGGAAAUCAUCCAAGAAGGGGGCUGCUCCAGCUUCCAAAACCCCAAGCGGCUCUGAACCUCCUGCUGGCUCUGCCUCACAGCCAUCGGCACCUGUGCGCUCCGACUCUGACGUUGCCAUGGAAGGUAUUCAGAAUGGAUUCGCAACACCACCUCCUGGCACAUCAACGCCAUCGGACCCUGCUGGUGCCGUUCCCGGAACCUCGGGACAGGAUGAAAGCAUGGAUCUUGAUGGCCUAGUGACGCCGCCUACUGCACUCAGCGCCUUGGCUACGCCCGGCGUAGAACUUGCCGAUCCUGAGUAUAAAGUUUGGAAGCAAGUCACAAAGAAAGACCGAGCGCUUAUCGCUGCAGAGAGACAUCGUCUUUUCAAAGGCGACAAGCUGAACUCCGACGAACCGGCUCUACUCCGCACCAAGGCGGGUAUGAAGAGGUGGCUCAGGAGCCAGCAGCAGGUCUCUACGGACCGAGAUAACCCGAACGAAGCUGGCUCGAAAACACUAGGGCCGAAUGCCGCCAGCGAAACGCUUGCUGAGGGUAUUGAGGUUGAAGAGGAUAGAGUAAUUCCUGACUAUUACGAUGUCAUGUCUGGUAUCCCGGAUCUUCCUUCCCAUCUGCUAUGGAGAGAAGACAGCGAGGGGAACCUAGUGGAUAACUCGGAGGAGUUUCUACGGAUCCUUCCCAAGGGAGCGUUUAUGCAGCCGGAUAGCAAACUUUCCCGCAAGAUGGAUGCAAACAUGAGGCAGAUGCAGGAGACCAGGAAGAUUUGCUCGAAGAUCGGUAUAGUUAAGCAGAUGCAACUGCAGUCUCAGAUGUACCAAAACCAAUUUCAAAAGUAUCAGCCCGAGCCAUUUGUUGAACAGGAUGUCGAGCCUCAUGUUAUGAAUGACGACGGACCUAUUAUUGCGCCCUGGGUCUGCAAGGCAGCACUGCAGCGUUCUGUUGCCAAGGUCUUCUACCAUACCGGGUUUGAGGAGUAUCAGCCUUCAGCUAUCGAUGCCGCGACGGAUAUGGCCUCGGACUUUUUCAUCAAGAUCGGAGAGACUCUGAAGUCUUACAUGGAAGCGCCAAAAGUCCCCAUUUCAGACUCGGUAGAAGCGAAUGCCCACCCGCAAUGGAAGCGGGCCUACACCGAGCCAGAGAUGAUGCUUCACACGCUUUCCUCUGUAGGGAUUGACAUUGAGGGCUUGGAGUCGUAUAUCAAGGACGACGUUGACCGCCUGGGCACGAAACUUGUGACUGCGCAUGAUCGCCUACGCUCACUUCUUUCCGAACUCCUCCGCCCUGUCUUGCAAGAUGGUGGCGAAGACGGCUCUAUGGCGUUCGCAGAUGGCAGUGAACAAUUCGUCGGCGGCGACUUUGCUGAAGACAUCGACGAAGACUUCUUUGGUUUCAAGGAGCUGGGGCUGGACAAGGAGUUUGGAUUGGCCACUCUUAGCGUGCCAUUGCAUCUUCUGCAGAACAGGAUGUACAACGCGGCGCAGUCGCAGAACACCAAUACCUCCCAAUCCGUCACGGUAUUCGCGCCUCCUCCGGCCUACUCGCGCAUCACGACCGAAACGUUAGCUUCCCAGAUCGGGUUGGUUCAAGCAUUCUUCAACGCCAAACUACAAGCGCGCAACAAUGAGCCGCUGGUGGAGGACCUCGAACUACCGCCAAAGCAAAGACCAAUGGCUGGCCGGCCCCGUCUUCCUGCCUCCGGCAAGAUCCCGCCGCCUUCUAGUCUACCUGGACCGACUUCUAGUCCGCAAAAGAGGCCACUGCAGCCUUCGGCUUCUGGCGUUAACGCAAGCAAACCGGGGCCCUCGGAGCCCAACAAGAAAAAGGUCAAGAAGAACAGCGGUGUGGCGAUGGGAGUUAUUGACGUGAUGGCGGAGGACGAAGCCACCACAGGUGGUGCUGAUGGUGUGAAGCCACCGACUUUGAAAUCAGAGAACUCGACCGAUUUCAUGAACCGCAAAGGCGGAGCCGAAAACCCAGAGACUCAAGGUGCCGAUAGUGGUGCCAAUGCUGGCCCGGCCAAGAGUAACGACAACGCAGUGCCCAUGGCCAACGGGACUGCAGGCGAUGCGGCAUGA